AUGGCCGCGCUCCUCGGGCUCGUGUUGCUCAUUUAUUUCGCAAGUAUAUCUACUGCCCAGACUACUGACUGUGGGCGUUUGAAGGAACAAUGUAUAAAUGAUGCAAAUGGAUGUGAGAGUGUCUGGAGUGUCGUGGAAGAUGUCUGCAAUAUUUCAGUUCUAGCUGAUAGCUGCAAGCCUGAAGACGUCGUUGGCUGUAAUAGAAUCAUCCAGGUCCUGGCUGAUGAAUAUCCAGUAUUUAAAAACUGUGUCUGCACUUCAGAUGGUUUCUGUAGCAUCACAACACUGCUUGAGAAACAGUGCAGCAUUAAUAAAGAAUAUUUGGAUACUUCCUCAAGAUCAGAUACUGAACUGAGUUUCAGGCAACACAGAACUCCCAAACACCAAAGACACCCAGAUGAGUUAGAGAAUGACUGCAAUACUGCAAAGCAAAGCUGCCAAGAGGACCCUUACUGUUUUUUAGCAUAUAAGAACUUCCAGCGAGUUUGCCAGGCAGAAAUGGCAAAAUGCAGGGUCCAGAUGGCCACGCAGCAGUGUUUGUCAGCAUGGAAAGAGCUGAGGAAAACAGCACUGGGAAAGUGCAAGUGCUCAGAGCCACUUCAAAAGAGAUGUGUUAAAAUAUGGAAGGAAAUAUUUAACAACCCCUGCUUACAAUACUCUCAAGAGAAUCGAGCUUCAGCAUCUAGUGAAGAUGAUGAUGAUGAUGAUGAAGAAAAUCAGGACUCCGACACAGAUAAUGUUGGUAUGGAAGCAAAAUUACAAUGGAAUUUGUCUGCUCUCUCCAAGCAAGAAUACACAGCAAACAGAACCUGUUUGGAUGUGAACAAAGAGUGCAUUGAAGAUGAAGUAUGUAACAAGCAGUUGUCCCUAUACCUAAAAGUUUGCUCAGUAAAUAAAAAAUGCAACAUGAAAGAAUGUCAAGGAGCCAUAAGGUUCUUCUAUCAAAACAUGCCUACUGAAGUUGCUCAAACCAUGACCUUUUGUGAUUGUAUCCAUCCUGAUGAAUCUUGCCACACAGCUAAAGAACUUCUUCAUGGCAAGCCCUGUGCGGUGACUGCAGUUCCUACCCCAUCGUGUCUAAAUGUGAUUCAUGUAUGUGAAGAGGAUGACUUGUGCAGGAAAAAGUACAAAACUUUUUGGUCAAAGUGCUGGAGACAUGUGACAAAAAAUUGCUAUGAUGACGAAGCUUGUCUUGAAACUUUAAUCAAGGAUGACAUACCCUGUUCUGCAAAUACCGACUGCAAGGCGGCUUACAUCAGCACUUGGGGCACAAUGUUGCGUGUGGAGUGUACGUGCCAUAACCUGCCUCCCCCCAGAGAGUCUUUGUGCAAGCUCUUCCACCGCAUACUUCAUAGCAAAUCCUGCUACAGUGAGUUACGUCAAAUCUCAAUCAAGAAAAAAGAUUUCCAUUCGGUAAAUACAGAAACACCAGGAGAAAAGUUUUCCAGAGCACAGCUGCAUUCUUCUUCAAUUAACGGUGAAACAGUCUACAUUAUUGCCUAUUCCUCCUGCAUAGUUCUCAUCCUAGGAAUAGUCCUGUUGACUCUUCUAAAGAUCAGAGCCUGCAGAACAAAAUAUGAGUCAAGAAGUCCCUCACCAGACCAUUCUUCUGAAACGUUUAUGGUCCAUUAUAAAAGUCACAGAUGA